UGACAAAUUGAACGGUGUUAGUAAUCAAUUGGUUAUUUUAUAGAAGUAAAUACCUAUCUAGGAUAAAACAUGACAAAAGUGUAAAAAUAAGACCUUAAUGUUGUGUAGGAGUAAACAUAAAUGAGUAGACAAAAGUACCUUUAAUGAAAGUCUAGUUUAUUUAUUAACUAAUACGGGGUAUAAAAAAAUACAAAAAUAUAAAAAAAAGACAUUACUUUACACAAAUGCAGUUUACAUACUACCGCACCAAAUUUGGUGCCGGGCUGCCACCAUCUGCUGUGCCGCCGCCAUCGCUACCAGCUGUUGGCAUCGCCUAAUUCGGCGCCGCUCUCAAACAAGUCUCCGUCAACCAUCGCCGUGUUCUCUAAUGUCGCCGCCGCCCUCCGACGAGUUCUCAUAUGGAUCUGCCUUGUCUCCAUGAGUAUGUAUCCAAUUUAGGCACUUUUAUAGGAAGAACUUCUAAAAAUGAAAGGGUGGACAAAUAAUCGAGUGCUUUCCCAAUAUAAUGCAAAGUAAAAAAUUAUUUACUAAAGUGAGUUCGAGUUAUAAGUAUUUCCCAAAAUAUUGUUAAGCUGAACCAUAUAGUUAAAAGAACCGUCGAUUGAAUUGGUGGUUAGGCAAAAAAACAACAGGCGAGCGACGUAGCAAGUGCAACGUAAGCCAGAGGAGAAAACCAGCCAGGAGAAAACAAUCAGAGUACAAAUAAAAAAGUUAUACUCCCUCCGUCCCACUUUAAGGUUCCCACGCGGUUUAAGAUGUUGAUUGACCACAAAGUUAACUGUUCCCUGUCAUGAAUAAAAUUAUUUUUAGUAAAUAAAAUUUACAUAUUCAGAAACUACAUUAGAAGUUUUAUAAUACCUGAUCAAGAAAAAUUAAACUUGAUAAAAGUUAGAUAUAUAAAGUAAAAGAUUAAGAACAAUGCACGUUGACCAGAGAAUAGUGGACGGGAACCCUUAAAUGAGACGGAGGGAGUAGCACUUUAAAAAUAGAUACCCCGGAGUAUUUUUAAAGUGAUUUUUUUUUUUAUAUAUUUCUAUAUAUGCAAUAUUGGUGUCGUAUGAAAGAUAAUAGAAAGUUAUGAAUUGUGAUGUAUUUUUGUUAGAGAUAUUUUCAUUUAUAUUGUGAUCAAUGUUACUUAGCCAUUUUGUAAUAGUUUAUUUAUUGAUAGAAUAGGCCUUAUUUAGAAAAGACUCUCUUGCCUAAAAUGGAAUGGGCCUCCUAAAUGUUAGAGCCCAAUCAUUGUGAAACCUACCUUUCCCUGAAGGCUAUAAAUAUGCCUUAAGGGAAUGAGUAGGUUAAGCUUUUCAAUACAUUUUCUGUGCCGCAGUGCCUAUUUGCGUGUAAGGUUUUUACGCUAAGUUUUCACAUCAUUCUGUAAAACCUUCACCAUCAAUGGAAAGCUUCAUUCCCAGAUCUGUCUUCCAUACAUAUACAUUUUAGACUAGAAAACAGGGACCUAACAUCUGGUAUCAGAGCCGGAGCUGAUCGAUUGAUUGGAGGCUGAAAAAGCUCUUGCGCGAUUCUUCAUCGGCGAAGAUUUUGCACUUGAGCGAUCUUCUGUUCUGUUUUUGUUGAUAUUUUUGCAGGAAAAUGUUUACAGGAAAGUGUUUCUAGGCUUGCAAGGACUCUGUGAAAAAUCACACCCAGAAAGUUGGCGUACAGGUUAAGCUGAAGUUGAGCGAUACUGAUCUUUCGCGCAACUCGUCUGAAAAGGAGAACAGGUUCGCGCAACGCCUCCUGCGCGAUCUCGAGCUUCGCGCAACUCUUCCUGCGCAAUCUUGGACUUGCGCCAUCUUUUUACAGGACGAGCAAGACUUCUGCGUGAUUUCGUGUUUUGCGCAACCUGCCUUUUGAGCGAUCUCAUACUUUGCGCAACAACAGCUCCUGCGCGAUCCUCAUUUUGCGCGAUCUGGAACUUGAGCCAACUCCAAAAUCUUGAGCGAUUUUUUUUUUGUUGAGCGAUCUUUUUAGAAGUUGAGCGAUUUUUUAGCAAGUUGAGCGAUCUUUUGAGAGUUGAGCGAUCUUUGUAAAAGUUGAGCGAUCUCUUGUAAAGUUGAGCGAUCUUUUGUAAAGUUGAGCGAUCUUUGUAAAGUUGAGCGAUCUUUGUAAAGUUGACCGAUCUUUUGUGAAGUUGAGCGAUCCUAAAAGUUGAGCGAUCUUUCAACACUUGCGCGAUUCCAUACUUGCAAAGAUCUACUGCCUGAAGUACCAAACAACAAAACAGAACUCAAUCAAUCAACUGAUCAGCCCGAUCAUUUAAAAUGGAUGCUUUGUCGAUUGGAAACGACACGAGACCCCCGAUUCUACGAAGAGGAGAGUAUAAUGUUUGGAAGAACAGAUUCCUUAAUUUUCUUGAGAGCAAGGACCAAUCUUCAGGCCUACUUGACUCCAUCACUAAUGGCCCUGCCCAGCUACUCAUUGCUGUUGAAAGAGACAAUGGGAACAAUCCACCGGUUGAGAUAGAAUGGAGACCCAAGACAGUUGAUGAAUACGAUGAUGAGGACCGAGCCAGAAUCCGAGCUGAUUUGCUUGCUAAGACUUAUCUGUUGCAGGCCAUCCCGAACGACAUCUACAUGCAGAUUGACAGCAUGUCAACUGCAAAGGAGAUGUGAGAUGAAAUCUUCAAGAUUAUGCAAGGAACGGAGAUUGGUGUGAAAGCGAAGAAAGCCAACACCUUCACAGCAUAUGACUCUUUCAAAGCCAAGCAUGGAGAAUCACUUGAAGAUACCUAUCUCAGAUUCUUGCAGUUGAUCAAUGAGAUGAGGAAGAUUGGCGUGCACAAAUCGAACAUGGAGCUGAAUGUGAGAUUUCUGUCUUCACUUGGAGCUGACUGGAAGAAGCUGAGUUCACAGAUAAGGCACACUAAAGAUCUUGAUGAGAUGGACAUCCAUGCCGUGUACAAUACACUUGACCAGUAUGCUGAAGAUUUUUCUGACUUUGUGGUAGCCACUGUGACGGAUGACAAAGGCAAGGGAGUCGUGGACAAACUUGCUGACACACUUGCCCUAAUGCUUGACAAACCCUCAAAGUCUGGUUCCAAGAAGGAUAAGAUGAUAGCUGAAGAAAGUGAAAGUGCUGACAGUGACAUAGGCUUCUGGGAUGAUUCUGAUGAUGAUGAGCUGCGUGAUUUCCAAAAGCAGAUUGCCCUUCUUACCUCAAGGUUCAACAAUCAGAUGCAGAAAAAGAAGAACUCCUCAAACAACAGGCUCCGCAAAACUUCAACCAGCAACAACAAAAGGAAAGAACGCUCUUUUGAAUCUUCUGAAAAUGGAAUUGCUGAGGAUGCUCCAAAGUGCUUCAACUGUGGGAAGACUGGACAUCUGAUGAAGGACUGCAGGAUGCCUAAGAGGAGGAAAGACCCUGAGUACUACAAGCAGAAGAUAAAUCUGAACACUUGCCCUAGUUCUAGCAUUAGUGAGCCUUCUACUAGUUAUACUAGAAGAGCGGCUCCUAAGUCUUCUAGUUCUAAGAUUUCUGUCUCGAAUCGCUGCACUAGUUGUACCUCUCUGAAUUGCAUUAAAUCAAUGAAAAGUUGUUGUUUUGAGUCUGAUCCUUCAUGCAGUACAAGUUAACCUGUGAUUGUUGAUAAUGUUGUGAAAAAGCCCAAGUUUGAUAGGGUGAAUGUUGAGAGUGAGGUCAAAUUGCCAUUUUUAAGGUAUCCUCUCAAGAUUCACUCAGUCAAACAUCUGAGAAGGCUAUCACGUGAACCCAUCUUGAAAGACAAUUUAUCUGAACAAUCACUCAGGACUAAUGAAAGUUCCCUCGCUCCAAAAAUCAAACAAAUCAAACAAAAAUGGGUUCCUAAGGCUGAAGCAGAACAAUUAAAAAUGAAAAAUUCUUCUCAACCUGCUAGCCUAGGAUCCCAAAUCAAAAAGAAGUUGAAACAAUUGCUCACUGUUGAUAAGGGAGGACCCAUCUGGCGAUGGGUACCUAAGCGAAACUAAUCUGUUUUGUAGGUCAAUCAUGUGUGGCAUCUUGAUUCGGGUUGCUCGUCACACAUGACGUGAUAGAUUGAACUACUGAGCAACUAUUCUGAAAGGUUUGGAGGAAAUGUGAGGUUUGGGAACAAUGCUUCAUCGCCCAUACUUGGGAUAGGAGAUGUCAUCUGUGAGAGCGUCACAAUCAGGAACAUAUCGUAUGUGCAGGGACUGAAGCACAACUUGCUUAGCAUCGACCAAUUUUGUGACAAUGGAAUGGAAGUGAGAUUCCAUGCUAGGUAAUGUUGUGUGAUGGAUAUGGGUGGGACACCAUUAUUAAGGUGUCAGAGGAAAACCAAUCUCUACACCAUUGAUCUCAAAUCGGUACGAUCCCCCAUAUCCAUCUGUCUCCUGUCCAAAGCAUCUGAAGAGCAAAGCAAUCUAUGGCACAAACGUCUCUCACACUUGAAUCUGCCGGCUAUCCGUUCCCUCUCCUCAAAGAAGUUGGUGAAAGGACUGCCUGUUCUGAAGAACUCCCCCAACCAUCAUUGUUCUGCCUGUCAUUUGGGAAAGAUGAGGAGAGCUUCACACAAGUCAAAACAAUUUCCCUCCUCAUCUCGACCCCUGGAGCUACUACAUAUGGAUCUGUGUGGUCCGAUGCGCGUACAUAGCAUCAGUGGACGCAAAUAUACUUUGGUAAUUGUGGAUGACUACUACGCUACACAUGGACCAAGUUUUUGCGCUCCAAGGACGAAACUGCAAAUUUAAUCAUGACGUUCAUCAGGACCAUGCAGAACUAUCUACAGCAGAAUGUGAAGAUCAUCAGAACUGACAAUGGGACGGAGUUCAAAAAUGAGGAACUGACCGAAUUCUACGAAGUUCAGGGGAUUACACAACAGUUCUCUGCAGCUAAGACACCACAGCAGAACGGUUUUGUAGAAAGACGGAACAGGAUCUUGUUGGAAGCAGCCAGAACAAUGCUGAUACAGUCAAAGCUUCCUCACUUCAUGUGGGCAGACGCAAUCAACACGGCUUGCUUUACACAGAACAGGACGGUGAUCCACAAAAGAUUUGACAAGAUGCCCUAUGAGAUUGUGUUCAAGCGACUCCCUAACAUUGCCUUCUUCCGCGUCUUCGGCUGUAAAUGCUACAUUAUGAAUGACAGGGAUGCUAGGGGGAAGCUUGAUCCAAAGGAAAAUGAAGGGAUAUUCAUUGGGUAUUCUACCAAUUCUAAGGCGUACAGAGUAUACUUGAAAGACAGAAGAACCGUCAUGGAGAGCAUCAAUGUGAGCUUCUAUGAAAUGGCGGAUUUGGCUUCUGAACAUUUUCAUACUGAACCAUUAACCUCUGCAAACAAUGAAACUCCAUCAUCUUCUGGAGUAGGAGGACAGGGAGGUGUGACAAGAUCGGAUGAGCACGUGAUUCUGGACUCUCUAUUCGAGCACUUCUACAGCCAACCACAUGCAUCACCAACUACAAAUGCUACAACCUAUCAGAUCCCCCUGUUACCUGCUCCAAAUGCUGAAGAAACCAACACUCCUACUCAGAAUGAUGAUGAGCACACAGAAAAUGAAGCUGAACAUGAACCAACCACUCCUGUUAAUGAUCAACCUGAAGAAGCUGCAACGCAAGAAACCCCAGAAGCACAACCAGAGCAAGAAUAUUCUGACCCUGAUCAUCCAAUCAUAACUCCACUGCCUCUACAGCAUGAGAGAAAGUGGACGAGAGCACAUCCGCCAGAGCUGAUAAUUGGAGAUCCAUCACAGGGAGUCAGAACCAGAACGACAUCAAUCAAUGAAUGCUUAUUUUCAUGUUUUCUAAGUCAGAAAGAACCUUCAAAGAUGACUGAAGCAUUGGCUGAUCCGGACUGGGUGAUUGCGAUGCAAGAAGAAAUGAAGCAGUUUGAAAGAUUGAAAGUGUGGACCCUGGUGCCAAGGCCGUACAAGAAAACCAUAAUCGGCACCAAAUGGGUCUUCAAGAAUAAGAAAGACGAACAAGGUGUGAUCGUAAGAAACAAGGCCCGCCUGGUUGCAAAAGGUUACAAUCAACAAGAAGGAAUUGACUAUGAUGAGACCUUUGCACCAGUGGCGAGGAUUGAGGCCAUCAGACUGUUUCUGGCAUAUGCCGCACACAAGAGUUUCACAGUGUAUCAGAUGGAUGUAAAGACGACAUUUCUGAAUGGAGAUCUGAAAGAAGAAGUCUAUGUCGCACAACCUGACGGCUUUGUUGAUCCUGAACGCCCCAAUCAUGUAUAUAAGCUGAGAAAAGCCCUGUAUGGUCUGAAACAGGCACCGAGAGCUUGGUAUGAAGCAUUGUCAGAUUUUCUUGUUGAAUCAGGCUUCUCGAAGGGAAAGAUAGAUCUAACUCUCUUCAUCAAAAGGCACAAGGGUGACAUCAUGCUGAUACAAAUUUAUGUUGACGACAUCAUCUUUGCCUCGUCGAAUCCAAAUUUCUGUAAAAAGUUCAGCAACCUGAUGCACACCAAGUUCGAGAUGAGUAUGAUGGGAGAGUUGAACUUCUUUCUAGGGCUUCAGAUCAAGCAAAUGCCAGACAGAAUAUUCAUCAAUCAGUCCAAGUACAUCCACGAUAUGCUCAAGCGCUUCAAAAUGGACAACAAGUCAACGAUGAAAACCCCUAUGUCUCCCUCACAAAAGCUUGACUCUGACCCUGCCGGGAAACCAGUCGAUGCUACAAAUUAUCGGGCUAUCAUAGGGUCCUUGCUGUACCUCACAUCUAGCAGACCAGAUAUUGUCUUUGCAACCUGCCUAUGUGCCCGCUUUCAAGCAAAUCCGAAGGAAUCACAUCUGAAUGCUGUUGGAAGAAUAUUGAGAUAUCUCAAAGGAACAGUCAAUCUGGGCCUUUGGUAUCCCAAGGAAUCAGGCUUUUACCUUGUUGGAUACUCAGAUGCUGAUUUCGCGGGUUGCAAACUGGACAGAAAGAGUACAUCUGGCGGUGCUCAAUUUCUUGGUGAUAAGUUGGUAUGCUGGUCCUCCAAAAAGCAGAAUUGUGUGUCUACUUCUACAGCUGAGGCAGAAUAUGUCGCGGCUGCUAGUUGUUGCUCACAGAUAUUAUGGAUGAGGACCCAGCUGAAAGACUACGGGUUCACAUUCUCACACAUCCAGAUCUACAGCGACUCUCAGAGUGCAAUAGCCAUCACGUGCAAUCCUGUCCAUCAUUCCCGGACGAAGCAUAUUGACCUCAGAUAUCAUUUUAUCAAGGAUCAUGUUGAGAAAGGCACCGUGGACAUGUACUUUGUGUCUACGAAAUUGCAACUGGCUGAUAUCUUCACAAAGGCCCUGGAUGAAAAGAGAUUCAAUUUUCUGAUCUCUAAGCUGGGGAUGCUGAACCUGAACGACUAAGUAACAUCUGAACUGGGUGUGUGCGUGUGCUUUCAUAUUCUUCAUUCACUUUAAACAUUUUUCAAAAUUUGCAUUUUUAUUUUUUUUCUUCAUCAUGCAUCUCAUUUUUCUUUCAUGCAUCAUUUUUUAUCAAUGCAUUAAUCGAGGGGGAGCUUUUCUAAACUGUUCAUAAAUUGAGGGGGAGUUUGCCAAAAUUUUCAUUCUUAAAGGGAAGCAAGUGUUGAGGGGUAGUAUUUUUAAUUUGAAAUCUGACUGAUUUGGGCCCGUUACACUUUGAAAAAUCUCCAGGGCCUAUUUAAACUCAAAGAACGCCAACUCUCCCCCCAUUCUUCUUUGCGCGAAACGCUUGCACUCCCUCGGAGCUCUCGUCUCCCUCUCUCUCGUUUUCGCUCAUCCAUUGGUAAAAGCUCCAUCCCUUCUUGCUAUCAUGAAGUGUUUCACAGGUAUUCCACAAAGACGAUGAACAGGUAUCCGAGGGUGCGCUAUUACAGACUUGCGCGAAACCCUUCCUGCGUGAACUGGGGUUGCGCGGUUCGACUACUUGCGCGAACAGGGAUUGCGCCAUUUAGCUCUUGAGCUAUUUCGUUCUCUGCAAGAUCUGAGGGUUGCUCCAUCUGCUGGGUUGCGAGAUUUGCCGAUUGCGCGAUUUGUCAGACUUGCGCGAAGUCAUGACUUGCGCGAUCUGGCAUACCUGCGCGAUUGGAACUCCCUGCGCGAUCUACUAGCCUUGCGCGAUAUGGGGCACUUGCGCGAUCAGAAAGGGCUGCGCGAUUUCCCCCUUGCUCGAUCCUCCGGGCUUGCGCGAUCACCCCCUGCGCGAUCUAAACCCCCUGCGUGAUCCAUAGACCUGCCCAAUCCUUUGGGCUGCGCUAUUAAGUGAAACCGAGACAGCCCAGUUCCAAACCCUUAGUGGAAAUCUCCAUAUGGGCCAAAAUAAACCAAGUCCAAGCCCAGCUCUGACCAAGACCAAUAACCAUUCUUAAAUUGGGCCCCACUUUUAAAAAAAAAACAAAAAAAAAACAAAACAAAAACAUUAAAGGGCCCAAGUGAGAAAUAAGUUGUGGACUUGGCACAUUUUUGAUCAAAUACUCUAAUCUGUUUAUCAUUUUCAUAUUGAAAUGGCUGCCAACACUCCAAUCAACAGGAUUUAUGCCAGGGAACAAUGGAUCCCGCUUAAGGAGACAACUCACAGUUGGACCCCGAAGUGUUCUCUUGCCAAGACAAUGUGGUCGUCUCAAUUCUCAAAGGCCACAAAUUGUGGAAGGCACUGAACGAAAAUGCUGAAGUCCCUCAGGUGUAUCUCCAACAAUUCUGGGGAACACUUGACAAGGACAUAGAUGAGGCUGGCAAACCAAUUGAUGACGUACUGGCGGCAACCAUCUGCAACACCAGAGUCACAAUCACAAAGGAGCUAGUCCAACAGGUGCUACAGAUCCCGGAGGAUGAACACUAUGAUGCGUUGGCCUCAGAAGCGGAAAUAUUUGAAGACAUGAUCAAACUAGGACACGCUGAACCCCUCCGACUGAUGUCUGCUAUCAAACCAGGACGGCUACCCAGACCAUGGAGAACAUUGUUGGCUACACUGAACAAGUGCUGCACAUCCAAGCACAGUGGCUUCGACAAAUGCAGCGCUUACCUUGUAUACAUCUUCCAUGGGGUCGCAUUCAUGAAGAACUAUGACUUCACCUCACUAAUUUGGGGUGACUUUCUGGAGAUGAGAAGAAGAAAAUUCGACACUGAUCUGAUCAAACAUCUGCCAUACAUGAGAUGGUUUUCACUGCUGGUGCGACACUUCUGCAGAACAAUUCCAACUAUUCAAAGGCGCAAAUCAUCUGAGAAUGUCAGCACUCCAGCUCUCCAAUAUUUGAAGAAAAUGCCAGAGGUACGCACACUGGUACCUUUACCUAUUCCUGUUCCUCUCCUCCUGUUAGCUGGCAGCAAUGAUCCACACGUCGUACGCUACAGAUUAACCCCUAUGGCUGAGAUUAACCCCCCUGAGCCUACCCCAGGGAGUCAGCCGAGAGUAAGUGAGGGUCCUGAGAGUUCAACCCGGCCACAGAGACCAGUGGCAAGUCAGCCCCAUGAUGAUCAGACUACGUCUGCUGAGGGCCACCCCCAAGGUGCUGAGGAGAACGCCAAUGAUUCGUCAAGCGCAGCCAGAUCACAACACGCUGACGAUGAGGGCUCCGGGAGCAUGGCUGGAGAGAAUAACAACGAUGAUGAGGAUGACGCAAAUGCUAAUGCCAAGAAAGUCGAGAAAGCCCCCACAAAGAAAGGACGACUCAUUAUCAGGCUUUCUCGGGCUACAACACAAGAGCAGUCUCACCAAAUCAAGGACACUCGAGGAAACAUCAUCAGUGAGACUCGCUCCAAGGUACGUCAUGACAACCCCUCAUAAUCAUCAAUUCCUAUGCAAAGAGUGCAAACAGCAAGCAACUUGGCUGAAGAAAUAGCCCUUUAUGACAGUUGCUCCGACCUAGACACUAUAAACCGGGCCAACCCCAUAGGUGCAGAGACUGAUAUUUUCAGUUUCCGAGUAGAAGACGCAGCAUCUAGCCCAACUGCGCAUGCACAAGCCCCACCCGACCACUCUGCUGCCUCCCAACAGGUAGUAGUUUCACAAAUAGGGGACAUUAUACCCACCUCACUGCCUCCUUACGACGCAGUUGAGGACAUUCUUUGUGGUCUUCCGCCCCAGACCACUACCCCUCCUUCAACCACAUUGAGUCUAGGUUCCACCCUCCCAACAUUUUCCACUUUUUCUAGGACACAUACACUGCUCACACCACCGCACACAACAGGUGCACUUUACCUGUCCUCAACGAUCAGAGAUACGUCGAUGAUGAUCGGAAGUCCUGCUGCACAACAGAUACCUCCAUCAUUAUCUGCAGGCCACACACCGAUAAUCUUUACUGAUGCUGUGACAACGGUUAUUACCCCUGUAACCGGAAACCCUGAACCUACCGACCUUUCAGUCAUUUUGCAGCAUUUCAUGGAUUCCACCAUUAAGCCAUGGGUGCACGAAGCAAUAACCGCUCGGGCACAGGAAUUCAGGAACACCCCGGUGCUGCUAAACGACAUCAUCCAACCCCAACCAUCAUCCUCACAUACCCAACAAACCCAUCCAUUUACCCAUUUCUCCACCCGCCAAAUCUCUGAACCUUCCACAACCCAACCUACCACUCCUACCACUUCAAGGGGAACCCAGGAUACAGAACUAGUGUCCUCCCCUACUUCGACCACACCUUUCCCCGACCCGAAAACUCUAUCGUUCGAGGUACUCGAAACCCUUAUGCUAGAACAACUGCUAGCUACCGAAGAAGGCAACCUAACCCAGAAACAAAACGACCUUCUUCGGAUCCUUAAGCCUGACAGCACAUGCCGUGAUAGUCUCCGUGGUCACAAACGUUCGCAUGAGGACCCCGAUGAUUCAGAUCCUCAUGAGGGGGAGAACAAGAGGCAACGGAUACUUGAGCGUGAUGCGUCAACAAACCAACCUUCCACGCAUACUCACCAACCCAAAUCCUCGAACAAUCAGCCCCCACCAUCCACUCAACACAAAAGCCAAACAGCCAAUCCACCCACAUCUAGCCCGGUCGAGCUAGACACAACACUCCUAGACACACCUGUUACAGGUGUUGUCCAAGGAUGGAGUGGAAGUCCUGAGGUUGCUACUUCGAGUACACCAUUUUAUUCAGGCCAUCAGAAAGAACCUAGUUCUAAUCUGAUGAUAACGGGCAAUCCUAGUGAUCUCGGGGUUACUUUUGAUAGAUCGCCACAGUAGCAACAAACUGCCUCUAGUCCCUCUGAUGAUCAAACGCUCGAUGAACUUGAAGAAAUUCUUGUUUAUGACAAGUGGCCCCGCCAAUGGACAGAGUGGGACGAACUAAGAGCAGAAGUAGACCAAGAUGAAAUACAACGAAGUGUGCGUCUCAGAGAACUGAUUGCCAAGUGUGCUGCUGAAAUGAUUGGGCUCGAUGAAGAUGAAAUCAAGGAAGGGGAGAACUAUCAGGAAAAUUCUAAGGAGCCGAAACAAAUCACCAAGCAAAAGGAAAUUAAAAAGCCCUUGGAAAUUCUUAGAGUCAAAGCCCCCUUUCUAGAGGAAAUUCGAGAGCGGAUAUGGCGUCAACCAGAGAAACUCAUAAAAUUCAGUGAACUGAAAAUUCGUGGACUCAACGACUUUAAAGGAAAGUACAGAGGAUGACACAUCUUUAUGCUUUACCAAAGAUCAACAGGCGAACAACGCAGAAUUCUGAAUCAUAAUCUUGAAACAAGCAUAGCUCAUGUGUCAAAGAUUCUAAAGGUAACAAAAGAUUAUCUGGAGACUAUCAGGUUCUAUACUUUCCAGGUACAACGCACUGACGGGACUGAGUUCACCUGCCAAGAGAACGACUUCUUCUUACUACACAUGGAUGACAUCUAUCAGAUGUUCAUGGCAUGCAGACAACUCCCAGUCCAUAAAGACAGAAUUGCUAAAGAAGGCUUUGAGGCUAUCAAAAGAUUUAUGACCAGACAAGUUCGAUAUUAUGCUUCCCAUGAUCUUCAAAUGGCCCUAGAAAACAACUAUUCAAAGGCAAAUCUCACGCAACCAGAAUGGAACAGACCGGAACUCGAACUCUACUCAGCAUACCACACCUUUGACAAUCCGGUCUCAGUCAUCUAUCUGAAUCACAAAGAGGAGAAGCGCCUGAUGGUCGUUGAAGACAUUCGCAAAUACUGUGACGGGACUCUGAAGAUCAUCCGGGAACAGUUGCAACCAAGAAAAGAAGAACUGGAUAAAAGACAGACUGAAGUCUCAAAGGAAAAACUCAAGGAACUAGAAAGAGUUGAUAAAAUUCUGAAGGCCAUCAAAAAGCAAAUCAAUGAUAGAAGGUCACCCAGAAGCUACGAGCAUGCACUCAAUCUCAGACAACAUUAUUAUAAAGCUCGGAAGUGAAGAAUAAAAGAAGCAAGAACAUCUGAUCACAAAGGGGGAGAUUGUUAGAGAUAUUUUCAUUUAUAUUGUGAUCAAUGUUACUUAGCCAUUUUGUAAUAGUUUAUUUAUUGAUAGAAUAGGCCUUAUUUAGAAAAGGCUCUCUUGCCUAAAAUGGAAUGGGCCUUGAUCGGUGUAUUUUUUUAGUGAGUAAAACGUAGUUGGCUAAUCCGGAGAAUAACCAGACCACGAGUAUCGUCUCUCAAGGAGUGGCAAAAAGGAAGUUUUAAAUACAGUCCGUGAUCACAGGCUAGCACAAGUCAUGGUAAUCUUUCUGAAUAAAUAUUUUUUUUUGGAUGGUUAAAAAAAAUUAACUAAUAGCGAGUGAAAAAAUAAGUAGAGAGGAAAACCAAUAAUUAAAUUAAUUCUAGAUAUUAAAGCAGGGUUCAAAUUGGAUGGUUCGGGUUCUGGGUGUUCUUUCCGGAUUAGAAUUAAGUAAAUUAACUUUCAAUUAUUCCUGAAUAGAAAAUGAAGUAAAUUCUCAUAGACAAGAAUAAAAUCAUAUUAUCACAAUCUUAACUUAUUUCUAAGAUCAGAUUGCUUGUAUAAGAUCCGAGCUAAUUCAACUCAAUUUCUCAUAGACAAGAAUUGAAUUAAAUCCAUAAAUUCAUAUAUGAGGUGAUCAAAUUCAUAUAGACAAUUAUGAUUAAUCUUAUACAAUUUUCCAGAAAAUUAAUUGAAUUUAAAAAAAAAUACUAAAUUCACACCCUCAAGAACCCAUUAACCCUAGCCCCAAUUCAAACCCUAUAUGAAAUUAGCUACUCAUAAUUAAAAUUAACAUCACAAUAACAUUGAUAAACAUGAUGAGAAGCUAGAUAAAUAAUUGAUUAAAAUUGAAAGAAAAGAAUGACUUAAUUAAAUGGGAAAUUCGAAAGUUAUUAACUGGAGAAGAACAAAACAUGAAUUUCAGUCUAAAAUAAACAACUAAUACCGUAAAUGAAGAUCAACUUACAAUACUUGCUGAAAUCUAAACUAGAACGGAAGAAAUUGAAAGAAAAGUGAAGCUCCCUGGUUUAUGGUUGCUGCUGCGCAAAAGAGAGAGAAAAAAAUCUACUGCUGUCUUCUUGAUUUCUGCCUGGUGCGGCUGCAUAUAUGAAAGAAAGGGACUGCUAUGCGGCUGGUUCUUCCUCCGAAUCCAAGGAGAGAAAAAAAACGUUGAUGGCUUUGGUAGAAAAAAAAUGAAUGAAUCGGUGCGGCUGCUAUCCUGGAGAAAAAACCUCAGCUGAUCUUUCAUUUUGGGCUGCUCGUUC